AUGAAGUGGGUUACUGUAGAGACCAUCUGCCUCUUAUUCUCGGUUCUGAUCGGUUUUGUCCUUAAUGUCUUGGCUGUUUUCUUGCCAUACUGGAUCGUCGAGACCAAUUAUAACAUACGUGCACUGACAUACAGUGUGGGGAUUAUUCCAUUCCACUUUGCAUAUGAAGCACCGUUUCACAUUGCCACCUCCGUUAUGAUGCUUACUGCAUUCGUUUUGUAUGUGUUUCUCGUUGGAUUCCUCGUUUUCGCCUUAAUCUCUUGUCUGGUCCAAAAAUACAAGCUCUGUAAAACUGGUUAUCUUCUUGUUGGAAUCCUCUCCGCAAUCGUUGCCAUUCUUCAAAUUUCCUCUUUUAUUGCUAUGCAAAUCGGUAUGAAGAUGUACAUCGCCAGUAUAUACUAUCAGCAGCCGCAAUUGGGAGGUUGUGUUUAUCUGACUCUGUCCUCUGGAAUCUUGUGUCUCAUAUCGGUUCUCCUCGCCAUUAUUUUGUCAAAAACUAAGCUUGCUUGA